AUUUAUAUUAAGUAAUAACAUUCGAAUUGUAUUGAUAAGGCUAGUAGCAUAAUUGGUUACGUUUGUAGCUCAGUACUAUAAGGAAUGUCGGUUCAGGUCUGAGGUUUGCGCCUGGUCACCGUGGUGACGACAGUUCUUCGAUACUUGAUAGUGACACUUUCUUCUUUUCCUUAGCUUGUAUUAACUACAUCUUCCGUUCAUGUUGUUUAAGUGAUUUCUAUUAAUAAUUUUGUGAUGGCACAGACGCUUGUUUGUAUACGGUACUUUCUCAUCGUUGGUACUAUCAUCAUUGGUGUGUGUGGUAUCAUAGAAAGUGUUUGCGCUGGAUAUUUUAUAUACCAGUUGUAUGAAUAUUCAUCCCUCACGUCUAGCAAUGUAUGUGGUUCAGCGAUAACAUUGGUCGUGAUGGGUUUGAUAACGUGUAUGAUAGCUUGGUGCGCUUGGCAAUUCCUAGAUUUCACAAAUAGGGGCCAAGUUAUAAUUUUUUCUGUGCUGCUUAUAAUUGUUACAAUUGUUAACACGAGCGCUGGAAUUUGGGCCCUUGUUAGACAUGAACAAGUGGAUUUGCUGCCAAUAGCACAUCUCGAACAUGUAUUUGAGCUUGCUAUAACGGACGAUAAGUCUCGCUGGGAUCGUAUGCAUUCAAAGUUACAUUGUUGUGGAAUAAAUGGACCAGCCGAUUAUCGUAGUCAAAAUGCAGUUCCUUGGUCUUGUUGCGAUACGUCAUCACUUGCAAAUUCUAACGAUGAUAAAGGCGUGUGUACUACCAUGUAUGCACAUGGUUGCCAGCACGUAGUAUUCAAUCGUACUAGAUCAAUUCUUCUUCAUAUUUUUUUGCUUGCACUGUGCUCAGUAUUAUUACAGGUCUGCUUCAUAACGUGCAUGUCAUGUUACGUAAAAGCAUGCCGAGAAAGGAUGGAAAGAAGAAAGGACAUGAUGGUCAUCUCUCAGUCAUUCAAGCAAGCGUCCAAAGAUUUCGAAACAGGCGAUAAUCUUCUGAAUCAUCAGUCAAAAUAUUCAAAAACAGUGCCUGAUGUUUGAUAAUUUGAAUUUUUAUUCUCUUCAGAAGAAAUAUUUGUAUUUUGACACUUACUGUUUAUGCCUAUAUUCCAUUACAUAGGUACUUUCAUUUUAAUCAUUGUAGUAUUUUAUAAAGAUCGUGUGCCGUA